UAUCGUCUUCGAUUUUUUUUUUGUAAAUUUGAUAGAGCUUAAAUUGGCUCUUUGUAUGUGAUUUCAGUUUAUCAGUCGUCGGAGCUUGGUUUAGCAAUGGCGCCUGCUAAAGCUGACGUUUCAAAAAAAGGCGAUGCAAAAGCUCAGGCGUUGAAGACAGCCAAGGCUGUGAAGACAGGUUCAACCUUCAAAAAGAAAGCCAAGAAGAUCCGAACCAAAGUUACGUUCCAUCGUCCAAGAACAUUGAAGACAGAUAGGAACCCCAAGUAUCCUCGUAUCAGUGCCCCACCAAGAAACAAAUUGGACCAUUAUCAGAUCCUCAAAUACCCGUUGACUACUGAGUCCGCUAUGAAGAAGAUUGAAGACAACAACACUCUAGUUUUCAUUGUUGACAUCCGUGCUGACAAGAAGAAGAUCAAAGCUGCCGUGAAGAAGAUGUAUGACAUUCAGACCAAGAAAGUGAAUACCUUGAUAAGACCUGAUGGAACGAAGAAAGCGUAUGUUCGGUUAACUCCAGACUACGAUGCCCUGGAUGUGGCUAACAAGAUCGGAAUCAUCUAAGGUAGUUGGGACAGUUUUGUUAGUUGUGAUGUCUUGAAUAGUACUCCAGUUCCAAAACCCUUUUGAGGAUUCAUUCACAUUUGCCAAAUGAAGCAUUUUCUAUAGUUUUGUUGCCUUGUAUGCUUUUUCUAUUUAAUCCCGUUUGAAAGU